AUGACUGACGUUGAAGUAUACAGAGAGACUCUUGGGAUUAUAAAGGAGUAUAUAUUUAAUAAAUAUGGACCAAAAGAGGAUAGUGUAAUUGACUCAAUAAUUAAAUCCAAAGGGAUACCUCCAUUACCGCAAUGUAAAUUAUCUAAUACUAAAAAUAAAAAGAAAACAAAAGUAAAUACCCCAAAGGAUAGAAAAACAACAAAAGUAAAUAGGACAAAUACUAAUUUAAUUCCCGUUAAUGAAUAUCAAGAAACAGAAAAAAAUCAAUCUCCAAAUAAGGAAAUUGAUCGAAAUUACUUAUUUCAUAGAAAUAAUAAAUAUCCCUUUAAUAAUUCUAUGUAUAAUCCUAAAACAAAGAGGAAAUAUUCAAAAAAUAAUAAAAUAGAUAAUAUAAAUUAUAUUGAAGAAAAUACCGCGCGCGCCAAUGGUUUUAUUAAUAAUAUAUCUGAUGAAGAUAAAAGUAGUCAAGUACGGUCAAUAUUAAGAAUGGCUGCAAGUAUAGAAGAACUAAAUAUGGCAAUUCAAUUAGCAUAUUCAGUUGGAUUAAAUUAUGAGGCAGGUCUAGGUGAAAGGAAACUGAAGAAACUAUUAGAAGAAUAG